AGCUCCCUUUGUGAUGCUUUUGAGACAUUAUGCGGAAAUAUAACAAGAACAAAAGUUAAAAGCGCAUGUCUUAGCGGAAGUUACCGAAGAACCAAAACAUGCACAGACUAAAAACUUCACAAAAGGAUAAAGUCAGGCACUUCAUUGCCUUCACACAGACGGGCGAAAAGACGGCAAUUCAAUGUUUGGGAAUCCAUGAUUGGAAACUUGAUGUCGCAAUUGACAACUACUUCCAGAAUCCGGAAAGAUACAACAAUGAACCAAGACAUGCUGUUGACAAAAGAAGACUGGAAUCUCUUUGGCAUAGAUAUAAAGACCCGCACGAGGAAAACAAGAUGACAGUGGACGGGGUGAUGAAAUUCCUCGAGGACCUGUCUCUCAACCCCGAGUCGAGGACUGUCUUGAUCCUGGCCUGGAAGUUCAAGGCCGCGACGCAGUGCGAAUUCACUAAAGAAGAGUUCGUGUCAGGGAUGAUAGAGCUAGGAUGUGAUACUAUUGACAAACUCAGGAAUCGAUGCACAGCCAUGGAGGCAGAGAUUAAGGAUGCACACAAAUUUAAAGACUUUUACCAGUUUACUUUCAAUUAUGCCAAAAACCCAGGUCAAAAGGGCUUAGACCUAGAUAUGGCUCUAGCGUACUGGAACAUUGUGUUGGCGGGCCGAUUCAAGUUUCUUGAUCUGUGGAUUUCAUUUUUACAAGAGCAUCAUAAACGCUCUAUACCAAAAGAUACGUGGAAUUUGCUUUUAGACUUUUGUAAUGUGAUUGACGAUGAUAUGACAAAUUAUGAUGAAGAAGGAGCUUGGCCUGUCCUGAUUGAUGAUUUUGUUGAAUACGCCAAACCUCUUGUUCAUGGACCGCGGAGUACGACAGUAUAACACAGAGUGAUGUUAUAUCUUGUUAUUGUUAUUGAUGAAACUAUGAACAUUAUGAAACACUGAAGAAGAAAACAGAAACACAAAGACGAAGCUAGUUGUUUUUUUAUAUAACACAUGUACAGAUGUCUCUCAGGUUGAACGUUGAGUUGAGAUUGAUCCACAUCCUGUCUAUAGGGGCGUCCUCAUUAUGUGCUUAGUCACACCGACUUGUCGCAUGCGAUCGAAUCAUACUGUGAGAACACCUAAAUUGGAAUGACUUUCAUCUUAUACGACAAGUCGUGUCGUGUCUGAUUAGAAUACGUCCUAUUUCUCACGACAAAUCGUAAGCUCUCGGCCAAUCAAAGCACAUUACAGUUCAACCGUUCAGUUUUGCCACCUCCGUGUUUUUUUUGGUUUGCUUAUAAACGUGUCAAAAUGUCUGGAUUUCAUGAGUCCAUAAAACCCACUAUUGUCCAGAUGUGGUCAAUAAUUGUUUUGUUACAUAAUACGAUCAGUAAAUUGUCUACAUUCAUGUUUUGUCUAUUUCAGUGAAAAUUUGUGUGCACUUACACCAGCCUCAGUGGUGUGGCUAAGCCAUAGGACAUAACGCUGGGAGGUACCGGGUUUGCAGCCCGGUACCGGAUCGCACCCAGAGCAAGUUUUAACGACUCAGUGGGUAGGUGUAAGGCCACUACACCCUCUUCUCUCACUAACCACUAACAAUUAAAAAGUAACCCACUGUCCUAGACAGACAGCCCAGAUAGCUGAGCUGUAUGCCCAGGACAGCAUGCACGGAAAUAAGUCGAAAUGAAAUGUGCACUUACAUUUUCUGCAAAAUAUUUUUAAACUGACGAACUUUGUUCUUAUGACGUGACGUCUUCACACACACAUGAUUUGAGUCCCUACGACAAAUCGCAUGCGACAAGUCGGUUCAACAAAUCGCGUAAUGAGAACUCCGCUUUGUUUAACAGCAUCGAGACAGUCAUAGUGGAUGAUAUAAUCAGACCUGUUGGUUUUUGAUACUCGCUCUUCUAGCCUUGAAAUUUUGUUCCUUUACUUAGCAAGGGAAGAUUGUGGUUUGUUUUUAAAACACACGUGUAUGUAAAGUAUAUUUUUUUAACUUAAUUUGCUGGUGUUCAUUCAGUGAGGUGUAUAACUAACCAUUAAAUAUAGAUGGUUGUGGCCGCAUUAGUAGACAACAAACAUUGCCACAUGUCUACCAAUGAUUGCACUGAAUUUGGCACCACUCGUGACACUAUGUAGUCUUUGUGUGUCAAAUUCAGGUUAAAUCUAUGUAGGCAUUGGUUAAAAAAGCAUACUUAUAAUUAAAUUUCAAAUUGUUAAUCUGUCAUUUGUAAUUUAAUUAUGACUGAUUUGUUUUGUUUUUUUCUUUUUAUUAAAUAUAAAACGAUUGUGCACAUCCCCCCUCCCCCCCCCCAAUCAGCAUUGUUACUGCAUGAUCUAUGAAGAAAGUUUUAAUAGUUACGAUUAUAGAAAAUUAAGAACAUUUUCGACUGAUUUUGACUGAUUAUUGAAUCAUGCUUGCAAAAUCAGUUUAAAUGUCUUUUCUAUGAACAAUGCUUUCUGCAUAUUAUCAUACUAUGUUACAGACUGACUCAAAUAUAUUUUCCCCUUCAUUUAUGUCUGUUGUAAGUAAUUAAUUGUUGAGAAAAUUUCAAAUCUGUAAAAAGAAAUCUGUAUCUGUUUGGAUACAGACUCAUAAACUUUGAAAUAAUUUGAGAAAUAUUUCGGUAAAAUACUUUCUGUUCUUUGCUUGAAAUACUACACUAUGCACAUCUGUGUGUGCAUUUAGAUGUCUCAUUGUUUACAGAAGGUGGCAGUCCUCCUACAGGCAGAGGGGGAACCAUAUACAUGUAUCUUGGUUAAAAACAGCUGUCCUCUGUAAACAAACUGACAGUGAGUCUAUCAUAACUUCUUUUGAAAUCAGUUUUGUGUCGAGAUAUGGUAUUGAAUAUGCUAAUGGAACAUGUGAAGUUGUUAUAAUUUCUAAUACACUUAGUUUUUAAGAAUGUUUUGGUUUGUUACUGGCAAGUAGAUGAGUAGAUUAACACAAAUUACUGUUAGUUUUCUCGGGGAAAAACAAACGUUGUUUUGAAGGUGAUAUACCUUUCGGAUUGUAACAGUAAUACUGCAAGCCUUGGUUUGUUACUGGCGAGUAGAUUAACACAAAUUACUGUUAGUUUUCACGGGGAAAAACAAACGUUGUUUUGAAGGUGAUAUACCUUUCGGAUUGUAACAGUAAUACUGCAAGCCUUGGUUUGUUACUGGCAAGUAGAUGAGUAGAUUAACACAAAUUACUGUUAGUUUUCUCGGGGAAAAACAAACGUUGUUUUGAAGGUGAUAUACCUUUCGGAUUGUAACAGUAAUACUGCAGGCCUUGGAUUGGGUCUAAAUGGUGGAGAUUUUACAUUACGGCAACGAAACAAUCAUCUCUUACUACAAGACAACAGCACCCAUUCAAAAUACUCAGUGAAGGGCUGUAUGUUUUCGUAAUACAACUUUCCUGAGUCACAUUCGAGUAUGAUGACCAGUUAGUAACAUGCAAAAUAAGACUCAGCUUGUUUGGUUAUGAGCUGUUGUAUUUUCAGGGCACUGGAACAUAUGACUAGGGCACUGGAACAUAUGGCUAGGGCACUGGAACAUAUGACUAGGGCACUGGAACAUAUGACUAGGGUACUGGAACAUAUGACUAGGGCAUUGCAACAUCUUACCACCAUUAACUUGCAGCCCUGAUACAAUUUUUGACCUGCAGCAAAGAUGGUAACAAUGGCUCAGAUCUUGAACUUCAUCACAGUCCAAUCACCAUUCUGAAAUCAUACAGAAAUUGAUUGUUAAAAUGAACAAGUGUUUGUAAAUUGAACUUAAAUCAUACAGAAAUUGAUUGUUAAAACGAACAAAUGCUUGGAAAUUGAACUUAAACCAUACAGAAAUUGAUUGUUAAAACAAACAAAUGCUUGGAAAUUGAACUUAAAUCAUACAGAAAUUGUUUGUUUAAAAAAAACAAAUAUUUGGAAAUUAAAGUUACAUUAUGCAGAAAUUGAUUAAUAAAACAAAUAUGGAGUUUUUUUUAAAUGAAAUUAAAUCAUAUAAUAAUAUAUCAAGGAUGAGAAAUUUAGCUUCAUUAAAAGUGUGACAAUUGUACAAUCAUGUAGUUGGUACAGCAGUUUAAGAGCUGAGUGUUGCGCAACACACUAACAUAUUCAGAGAUAGAAAUCUUCUUUUUUCCUUUUUUUUUAAAUAGAAUGUUUGGUAUUUAGGAGCACCCUAAAUCUGUUCCUAUCCUUAUUCUUUGAUAUAAAGCUUACAGUCACCCUUUAUGUAUCUAGACAGAAAUGUUUUCUGGAUUUUUUUUUUUUAAUCCAUUGUAAUUUCCAUUCUUGCUUAUUGAGCUUUAACGUACACCAACAGCCAAGUGAAUGAACACAGCAAGAGCAGCAGCUUGUUUUACUGGAAAGCUUGACAAAACAGAAAUAUUAAAAAAUAUAUAUAUA